AUGCAGAUCGAGUUGUCUCACUGUUGGCAUGAAGGUGCAAUGGCACAGCCUUGUCGCAUUUGGGCAAUAGCGGCAAACGUACUGCCUGUGCUCCCUACCAAGAACAAUUCCAAUGGCAAGGGAAGCAGCAAAGGGGACAAAAAGGUGGAAACUCUGCUUUCUUGGCUGGGGACGACCACCGAUGCUGAUUCAUUUGAUUUGCUCUGGGCUACAGCAGCAGAGGAUCGUGGGCCACUUCUGUUUGCCACCAGUGGCCAUGUGCUUCUGCUCAGAGUUGGGAAAUCUGCCGUUCAGUCAGAAUCUAGCGAUGGCAGGAUGCCAACCUGCGGUGUCUUCUGA